AUGUUGGAUCAAGUCAAAAACAGUUACUACAUUGGUCUGGAUGGCUCCUUGCGUCUGGUAUUGGCCAAUGGCAUGGAAGUGUCUCUUCACACGGAGCCUCACCUGCUGUCAGGAACAGUCAACCCAACCAUAAGCAAGAGAAAUGUCACUCUGCCCAUUGAUAAUGGACUCAACCUGGUGGAAUGGAGACAACGGAAAGAACAGGCACGAGGACAGGUCACAGUGUAUGGACGCAGACUCAGGGUUCAUAACAGGAACUUGUUAUCCAUGGAUUUUGACCGUGUAACCAGGACCGAGAAAGUCUAUGACGACCACAGGAAGUUCACCUUGAGGAUCCACUAUGACCAUGCAGGAAGACCUACUUUGUGGGCACCAAGUAGUCGGCUAAACGGUGUCAAUGUUACCUACUCACAGGGCGGCCACAUCGCCGGCAUUCAGAGGGGCACUAUGUCAGUCCGAAUGGAAUAUGACCUAAAUGGGAGAAUCACCUCAAAGAUAUUUGCAGAUGGAAAGACAUGGAGCUACACCUACCUUGAAAAA